AUGACUGCAACAGCGACAGAGCUCCCCCGCGGAUCGGUCACCGAUGAACUCGGAUUCCCGGAUGAUCCCAACAACCUGUACACCCAGACUGUGAACACGAUGCUGGGAGCCGCGGAACUCAUUAACCUCAAGCACCGCACGCGGAUCAUUCUCGCUCAACCUAAGAACGAGAUCAUGGUUCACUUCCCAGUCAAGAUGGACGACGGGCACCACAAGCUCUUCAAGGGAUACCGCAUCCAGCACAACAAUGCGUGCGGCCCCUACAAAGGUGGCUUCCGAUUCCACCCAGAUGUCCACCUCGAUGAUGUCAAAUCGCUCGCGUUCCUGAUGACGAUGAAAUGUGCUGUUGUCCGCAUCCCAUUCGGAGGCGGCAAGGGUGGUGUCAAAGUCAAUACGCGUGAACUUUCUGAGGGCGAACUCCAAAGACUCUCCCGCCGCUACUGCAGCGCGAUCAUGGACCAGAUCGGUCCGGAUGUCGACAUCCCAGCGCCGGAUGUUGGAACCAACGCACAGAUCAUGGCGUGGUUCGCGGACACCUACAUGAUGUCCUCCGCACACCAGCACCACGACGCGCUCCGCUGUGUCACCGGCAAGCCGGUCGAGUUUGGCGGAUCCGCCGGACGCGAAAAAGCAACCGGUCAGGGCGUCGCGGACACGCUCGCAGAGAUGCUCCCAGGCAUCGGCAUCCCACUCCAAGGCAUGAGAGUCUCGCUCCUUGGUUUCGGUAAUGUGAACGGCUGGGGCGGGCAGAUCCUCCAAGACAUGGGCGCCAAGAUCGUCGCAGUCAUGGACCACACCGGUGGUAUCCGCAACGACAACGGCAUCGACUGUAAGGAACUCUACCAGUACAACAUGAAGACCGGCGGCGUCGCUGGAUACGACAAGGCAGACGAGAUCGAUGAGGAGACCUUCUACCGUACUCCGGUCGAUGUCUUCAUCCCUGGUGCUCUUGAGCAGAUGAUCAAAGAGAAGCAAGCGGAAUGGCUCGACUGUAAGGUCAUGGCUGAAGCCGCGAACGCUCCGUGUGAUCCAGGAGGAGACCGCAAGCUCGACGAGCGUGGCAUCGAGGUCAUCCCAGCGAUCCUCGCGAACGCUGGUGGUGUGACGGUUUCCUACUUCGAGUGGGUCCAGAACAAGAACGCCGUGACCUGGUCUGCGGAGCAAGUUGACCGCGAGCUCAACCGCCACAUGGUCGUCGCGGCACAACGCACGCUCGAGCGUCGCAACGAGCUCAACUGCUCGCUACGUACCGCGGCAUUCGCAUCCGCGCUCGAUCACAUCGGUGAUGUCUACAAGGUCCGCGGCAUCUUCCCUUGA